CAUCCGCGCGGAUUUCGGUAUCAUUUCGAGAGAGAGGCGGAAUCGGCGAAAGAUUGGCUCCGGCUUGUCUUGGACAUUUUGGCCUGCUGCGGAGCGUUUUUGGCCCCCAGAAGUGUUUGAAAUAACGGAAUUGUGAUAGCUACUCCCCGAGAGAUAGGAAAGUUCUUUGAAAUAGUGGAUAGUAUCAGAAAAUGUCAAAGAAAAUGUCUCGAUAUCCUCAUGACGCUAAAGUUUAUGUCGGUGAGCUGGGAAACAACGCUAGCAAACAGGAAAUCGAGGAAGCAUUUUCCUACUAUGGACCGCUAAGAAAUGUUUGGGUCGCUCGUAAUCCGCCCGGUUUUGCAUUUGUCGAGUUUGAAGAUGCCCGCGAUGCGGAAGAUUCUGUGCGUGGUCUCGACGGGAGAACCGUCUGCGGACGGAGGGCCCGUGUUGAAUUGUCAACCGGUAAAGGAGGUCGUGGGUUCCGGGGUGGUGGCGGAGGAGGGGGAGGAGGCGGUGGACCUCCUCGUGGUAAAGGAGGUCGGGGCGCUUUCCAUCCCGAUGAUAGAUGUUACGAGUGUGGGGGACGUGGUCAUUAUGCCCGCGCUUGCACUCGUCACGGACGCGGUAAAGGACGCAAGAGAUCCCGCAGCCCUCGCUCACGUUCUCGUGAUUUACGUACUCGCUCGAGGAGCUACAGCCGCGGUUCGCGUAGUCGCAGCCGUGAACGUGGCCGAGACCGGGACCGCGAGCGUGAGCGCGAUCGCGACCGUCGCACACGGUCUAAAACCCCGAAAAGAACAACGCACGAUCGGUCGGGAAGUCGCGCGCAAAGCAAAUCGCCACGACGAUCCGUCUCGAAGACACACUCCAGGAGCCGAUCCAGAAGUCCCCGUUCGGCGUCCAGGUCACGCUCGAGAUCCCACCGUCGCAACGGAGACUCGCAUCAUGAUUAGGGUGUAACGAGCAUUACCAGGCGAGUGUCAAAAAUGCGCCAGAAGCUGAGACGCGACCAGCCUCCGAGAUUAUAACAAACAAGUCAUUAGACCCGGUUUUGUCGCAACAAACAAUUAUGAUGAUGCCCCGAUGAGGGGGGGUCCGUAUAAAUUGACGGGAUUAUAUAACAACCAAAACAAUGAAUACUUAACCUUUAGACGUGUAGUAGUCGUAUCAUCAUUGCUUUCACGAUAUUAUUUGAUCAACAGAUGAAGAUUAUAGUGCUUGUCGAAAAAGUGAGUUAGGAAAACCUUCUCUGUUUGAAUAACAAUACUUGGUCCGCAGGGAUACGAAUAGCUAGUAAUAUGACCAUAUGCAUUCGAUGAGCUCUCUUAAAGUUUUCGUUGCAGAAGAAUCCGACACGUUUGGAUUAUCGUGAGUUCGCAUUUAUCAUUUAAGAAGUAAACCGAAAAUUGAAAGCCAUGGUUGGAGUGAGCAAGUGUAUGAUGAUCAGAAAAAUAUGUAGUUUUAGGUAAGCUGUGUAUCUUUUAAACUUUGGAUUUAAUUGAAUAAAGUAAACAAUGAUUUGAAUUAA